AUGGCCUCAUUGCCACUCACCUCGACCAACUCGCUCUGUGCGGUGGUCGUCCUGGUAAUAGUGGCCGUUCUAACUAUCGUCCUGUCCCUCUUCCAUAGUCUUUCUAUUCCUCAGAAUACCAAAGUACCCAAAUGUCGACCAAAGCACUCUCCUAUUCACCUCCUGGUUGUCCUGGGCAGCGGCGGUCAUACUGCCGAGAUGUUCUCUAUGCUACGACGAAUGCAACUUAAUACAUCCAGGUAUAGCUACCGAACCUACGUCGUGAGCUCGGGGGAUGAAUUUAGCGCCGCUAAGGCGAUUGAAUUUGAAAAGAGUCUCCAAGGCGAAGAAGAUGUCCCGUUCCCCCAGGGUGUCUCGCUCCCGGGUGCACCUCCCCCAUUACUGGGUGGCCCUCCGCCGUUAAUGGAUGGUCCUCCCCCGCUGAUGAAUGGUCCUCCUCCGUUAAUGGGUGCUCUUCCUCCGUUACAGGCUGCUACGCCCCAGGGUGUCCCGUCACAGGAUUCCCCCUACACCAUCGUCACCAUCCCGCGGGCACGUCGCGUCCAUCAAUCAUUCUUUACCGCGCCCCACUCUACCCUUCAAUGCUUUUGGGCCUGUAUCCGUGUGCUGUGCGGUCGAUAUCCGGAUCAGAAGCCAGUUCCUUUGAGUUACUCACCAUAUCCGGACUUGAUCUUGACAAACGGACCGGCGACAGCUGUUUGCGUUAUAAUGGCUGCCAAAUUUUUGCGCUUGUUUCGCCGCUAUGCUAUGAAAGAAAAGAAGCAGGGAAACAUGCCGACUGUUCAGGAUAUUCGACUGCGCACUAUCUUUGUGGAAUCGUGGGCCCGGGUGACCACUUUGAGUCUCUCUGGCAAGCUCUUGCUGCCUUUUGUCGACCGAUUCCUCGUUCAGUGGCCUGCAUUGGAAGGAAAGGCUGCUUGGUGGAGUAUGAGGAAGACGGAGUAUGCUGGCGCGCUGGUAGACUGA